GUAAAUGACACAAUAUAAGACACCUACACAAUAUAAGAAACCCCCCACAGUAUACGACACCCCGGUGGUAAUUUUGGCGUCUCUGACAGACCAUCGAAUUAUCACCGGGGGUACACAAUAUAAGAAACCCCGGUGGUAUUGUAGUUGCGCCGCAUGUAUUCGCGGGCCCCCUCCUUCUUUUAUGACCCGGGGUGACAGCAUCUGCCCUUGCGCAUCAUCACACCACACACACAGCUGUGUGCGGAGGAACACCCCGCAUGCAGACCCCAAAGAACAUGAACAUGCAGGCAGAGCAGAGUGUAGCCGGCACUACCGGUAGUACCCCCGCUCCUUCGACCGCUGCUUCGGCAACUGCUUCGACUGUAGCAGCACAGGCGCCACAGCAGAUCACCUCCUUCCUUGGGCCCGCACACUCUUCUUCUACGAGAGAGGCUCCUCCUGCCGGCACUCUUGCUCCUGCUGCUGCUGUUGAUCUAACAGCAGCAGAAGGAGCUGGAGCAGCAACAGGCGCAAACAUGACAGCCUCUGCAUCGCCUCAGCAGCAGCCAGUUGCUGGCUUGAUGUCAGCAGCGCGUUCGAGCACCGAAGCCGACGAAUCAACGCGCAGCAGCCAAGCAUCUCAGUUGGUGGACGUGGUGGACGAGGAGCCCACCACUUCCGCUGGGACGGAAGAAAGAUCCAAGGUGGGUGGCACACCCCCUGCGCCUCCAGGUCCAGCAUCACCGGUGCCAGCUCCAGCAUCGGCGCCAGCUCCAGCACCGGCGCCCGUCCCAGCACUGGCGCCAGCUUCAGCACCGGCGCCAGGUCAAGCAUCGGCGCCAGCUUCAGCACCGGCGCCCGCUUCAGCACCGGCGCCCGCUCCAGCACCGGCAGCAGCAACGCCGGCAGCGGGAGGAGCGCCGGUGGCCAAAGGUGAUGCAUCCGGCGACAUGAUGUUUCCCGGAGAAACAGAGCGGGGAGAUGGGCUCGGCGGCGUUCUCUUCGGUACGCCGGCAGAGAACAAGAACAAGAGGAAGAAAGGACAGCUGGAGUUGGAGCCGCCGGGCUUCCCGAUCCCCGAGUUUGGUGGCGGAAGCCAACGGAAGCGCUACCCUCUGAAAUUUAAGGUGGAUGCGGUGAGGUACUCACAGAGGAGGGUCAAGGGGGCACAAGGGCCGGACGGGACUGUUGGGAUAACCUACGCGAGCAGAGUCCUGGGCAUUCGCGACAAAUCGACGUUGGCGUUGUGGGUCAAGGAGAUCGACAAGUACGAAGCCGCGCUGGCGAAAAUGGACACGUACAAGGGCGGAGCGAAGCGCAAGAAGACGCCAGCCAACAAGCGCUUGUCGCUGCAUGCCGGACGGAUCCGGACGCACACAGCGGCCGAGGGCGAGAUCGUGGACUGGAUCAACGAGCUGCGUUCUGAAGGCAUCUCCGCCCGUGUUUCGACGAAAAUGCUCAAGAACAAGGCCGUCGAACUCAACCCGAACUUCUUCGGAGAGAGGCCGGCGCCAUCCGAUCUCCAGGGCUGCCAGAAGUACAACAACAGGCAGAACCAGUGGUGCAGGAGGUUUCUCAGGGUCUACCGCUUCUCUGUGCGAGCGGUCACCCGACAAGGCCAGAAACUUCCUUCUGGCUGGCCCGUGAUCGCCAUGCAGGCUAUCAAGGAGUGGAGGACGCUGAAGUACGACGUGCCUUCCGCGCUCGAACUUGCGGACGGAGUCGAGUGCCUGGGAGUUGCGGCAGGGGCGGGAGCCAGCGCGAGCGGCAGCGGGGGUGGGAGUGGCGCUGUGAUUCCUUCGGGUCCGCGUCUCAAGUUCGACUUGGCGCAGAUCGGCAACAUGGACGAAACCCCCACGUGGUUCGAGAGCCCGGGGAAGGACACUGUGAACGUGAGGCGGUGCUUCUGCGGUGAGGGCCCCCACCACUACCCACUUCCUUGCGAGCAGACAAUUUCAGCGACUAACCUGUGCACUACCUCGUUCUCUCCCACCCACCCACCCCGUCCCGCCUUGCCCAAACCGACGUGGCCACUGCUGUCUCCAGCGCCUUGGGAGUACGUGCUGGGCGCGGGAGUCGGUGCGUACAUAGGGAACAAGAUCCCACAGUGGGAGGCGACCCUGAUCUCGGACAUCAACGAGAUGCGGGCAGACCGCAACAUGCCCCCCGCGACACGCGUAGGCGGCUACGAGUUCGGGUCAAGCAUCACGGACAGCAAAUGAACAAACUCAUCAUCGUUGCUGUGCUGCGUUGUUCUUUUUUUGGGGGGGUGCGGUAGAAUCCGCACCGUGUUUUUUGGGUGGUACAACGAUGUCUUCGAAUGGACUGGUUGGUGGUUGGUGUGCGGGUGCAGGAAAUCGCGGCCUUUCUUGUGCUGGCCUGUGAAGCGAGCGGGCAUGUCCCUCGGGUUGCGCGUCGUGAGGGAGUGGCCCGUAGUUGAUUAGCCUUGCCGUUGUUUCUUUGUCCAGGCUUGCCGAUUCUCCCAAAGCUGGCGCAGAACGCGCUGAUAGCGAUGUCUGGGUAGGAUAGGUCAUGUUGGAAAGGAAAAGCUAUCAGUGCUGCGGCUAGACUAGGACCGGGAUCAACAUCUAGUUGUAGGCCUGCUGCCAUGUAAACCUGCAUCGAGGUGCCGCCGCCGCCGCCGCCGCCGCCGCUCUCUUGGUGUUCAUAGGCGUGNGGGGGGGGGGGGGGGGGGGGGGGGGGGGGACGGAGUAGGGGGGCGGUCUAAGCGUCUCCCUCACAAUCGCUACGUUCGGCGGGAGAUCGAAUAGCAGAGUCUUGUGUGACGUCCCAGGUUUCUGAGGCUGUGGCCUGCAUGCAGAUCUGUCUCACUCGGUGUCUCUGUUUAGACUUGUUCAUCUUGCUUCUACAAAUCAGACUUGUUGGACACUGCUGGAUGGUCCUUUCAAACGACAUGAACACGAACCGCUGGGAUGUGUACACUACAUUGCUGGAAACUGGGCCUCACCAUGUUGCGCUUCGCAGCAAAUGUUUUCUAGUGCACCACA